UCAGAAGUGAUACCGGAAGAAAGACGUACCAGAACUCUUGUGGAAAGCCAAAGAGAUCAAUAUGCAGAAAACUGGAAGCAAAAUUGGACCUAUUAUGCUGGUCAUUGCAGUGAUGGUCGCUCUAACAAGUAUGUGUGAAGCUGCACCGAGGCUGCACAACCGUCUGAACUACUAUUCCGACAUGGAUGGCGAGCCAGAUCCUUCUGUGGUUUUGGAGAUGCUUGCAAGGCUGGGUCAAACUAUCAUGCGAACGCACGAUCUUGAAAAUACCAAACGCGGACUAGAUCUGGGCUUGAGCCGUGGCUAUUCUGGUUCGCAGGCCGCCAAGCACUUGAUGGGCUUGGCAGCCGCCAACUACGCCGGAGGUCCCGGCCGCAAGAAGAGGGAGCCCAUGAUGACCGAGUAA